CAGCCUCCUCUUCACACACUUUACUCCAAAUAGACAAUCCCUCUCCAACCCUUUUAACUACAAUGGCCAUUUGGGAAUUCACUUCCAUUUUUGUAGUUGUCCUACUAUUGACUUGUGUUGAAGCCAGAAUUCCCGGUGUCUAUACUGGUGGAGGAUGGGAAACUGCCCAUGCCACAUUCUACGGUGGAAGCGACGCCUCAGGAACCAUGGGUGGUGCUUGUGGGUAUGGGAACUUGUAUAGUCAAGGCUAUGGAGUGAACACUGCAGCUCUGAGCACAGCCCUUUUCAACAAUGGAUUCAGCUGUGGAGCCUGUUUUGAGAUCAAAUGUGGAGAUGAUCCACAGUGGUGCCACCGAGGCAGCCCCUCCAUUUUCGUUACUGCUACCAAUUUCUGCCCACCAAACUAUGCUUUGCCUAAUGACAAUGGAGGGUGGUGCAACCCUCCACGCUCUCACUUUGACCUUGCCAUGCCCAUGUUCCUCAAGAUCGCCGAGUAUCGGGCUGGCAUCGUCCCCGUCUCCUACCGCCGAGUGCCUUGCAACAAGCAUGGAGGGAUGAGAUUCACAAUCAAUGGUUUUCGUUACUUCAACUUAGUUUUGAUCUCCAACGUUGCGGGUGCGGGGGACAUAGUGAAGGUGUGGGUCAAGGGCUCGAGAACUGGUUGGAUGUCAAUGAGCCGCAAUUGGGGACAAAAUUGGCAAUCAAAUGUCGUUUUGGUUGGUCAAUCACUUUCUUUCAGAGUUAAAGGUAGUGAUCAUCGUACUUCCACCUCAUGGAACAUCGUACCUUCUCAUUGGCAAUUUGGUCAAACCUUCGCUGGAAAAAACUUCCGAGUUUAAUGGGAUUUUCUUCUAUUUUUUGUUUAACUUUUCGAUUUUACUUAUAUUUUCCGAAAAUGGAAAUUUGAGUUUGGAAAAGGAAAAAGUGGGGGAAAAAAGGGAGAAAGUUUAGGAGUGUGUUUGUGUGUCUUUUAAUUUUUUUGACUUAAUGGAAUGGUGGAGUGGGUGGGGUGGAGUGGGGUGGAGUGAAGUGGCUGCAAAAUGAUGCAGCCCUCAUCUUCACAUAUACUAUAAAUUAUACUUGAAAUCUUUUUGGUCA